CCCACAACCUCAACCUCCAAUUAUUAUUAUUAUUUUUAUCUCUAUGAAUAUAUACGUGCAGCUGUGUAUGUAUUUUCUCCGUUCGUGUAAUAUUCUUGUUAGAACAUAGGAUUUGACUUUCGAUUUCCGACUUUAAUUUUUAUUAUCGGAUCGAACUUUGGGCGUUAACCUUUUGAAUCGGUGAAGAUCUGAUAUUUGCUUUUACAUUCAAUGAGUCGUCCACAGGAUCCCCACAGGCCAUUUCUCCCAUUUGGAAAUCCCUUCCGAAAUAUAUUACCUAAGGGCUCUUACCUGUCCCCAAAGCUUCUCGCUCUGUUGAAUACUUUUGAGGAGUCAUUGGCAGAGAGGCUUAAAAAGCUUAAGCCAAGGGACAGGGAAGAUGUCCUAAGCUUAUCGUGGAUGAGAUUUGCCAUCGAGUCCCUUUGUGGAAUUCAUACUGAUAUAAAGAUGCUUAUCACGGCCCUUGAAUUGCCUGUCAGUGAUUGGGAUGAUAAAUGGAUUGAUGUAUACUUUGAUAAUAGUGUGAAGUUGCUGGAUAUUUGCAAUGCUUUCACCUCUGAGAUCUCUCGACUCAACCAAGGCCACCUUUUUCUUCAAUGUGUCUUGCAUAACUUGAGCGGUGACUCAAUGAAUUCUGUGCGGGCACUCGCAUCACUGGACGGAUGGAGGCAGCAUAUUAGUUCAAAGAAUCCAAGACUUGAGAAUUGUUUUUCCAUCAUGGAUGGUCUUGUCAAAACGCUAGACCUACCGAAGAUUAAAAACUCUGCAAAAGGAAAGGUUUUGAUGCGCGCUAUGUAUGGAGUCAAAGCUGUAACAGUUUUUGUAUGCAGUAUAUUUGCUGCUGCAUUCUCCGGUUCAGCAAAGAAAUUAAUUGAUCUACAGGUUCCUGAUACAUGCCUGUGGGCAGAGGCUUUCUCUGGUCUGCAGACUUUUGUAAAUAUUGAAAUAAGAAGCAUAUACUUGAGCGGAAGGGUCACUGUUUUGAAAGAGCUAGAAGCAGUUGAUGCAAGUGUCAAAAAAUUAUACCCCAUUGUACAAAAUGAGGUCGACCCUAUUGAAGCCGAGAUGUUGCAGAACCAGAGAUCAGUUUUAGGGAAGUCGGAAGAGAAACUUUCACAUGGACUAGAUCUACUUUCAAAGGAAGUUGAUGUUUUCUUCAAAAUUGUUCUAACAGGACGAGAUGCUUUGCUUGGUAACCUUAGAAUUGGUGGUAAUGCAUCUGAAUCAGUAAAAACUGACAAAGUAGGAGGCCUGACUGUGAAGUGAAUGCUAAAUAUAGGCUCUCUCUUGUAUACACAAGUGUGCAGCUAUGGACUUCAACUUUUUGAGGUUAUGGAUAUACUAAAUUUUAAGAUAUGUGGCUCUAGUUACCGUGAAUCUUGUGAGUUGUGGUUUGUCAAUUUUAAUGUCGUUAUAUGUAUGAACUUUUAUGUAAUGCUAAUGAUAUAUAUAAUUUGUACCGCUUGCGCUAAUGAGUUCUUUCUCCCA